AGCAUGGCCAGUGCGCUGACGCCGCUUUCGGCAAUGAGUAGCGAGGGGAGCCAAUACUCGCCUUCAUCGCCAAGCAACGCGGCCAUGGCGGCACUGCGUCGCUGGCGGCCGCCGGUCAAGGGUGGCUCGCCUCUCGAAGACAACGACCUGCCGCCGCCCUGUGGUCUGCACGAGCGGGCCAUGCUGAUAGCCUGCCUGGGAUCGUGCGCCGCUGGCACGACACUGUCCUACACGUCGGCAGCCAUGCCUUCCAUCGAGCUCGAGCCCUGGUACCAGCUGCAGAAAACCGCGCCCGCGAACGGGUGGGUCGCCGACGUCCUCUUGCUUGGUGCAACCGGAGGGGCACUUCUGUCGGGAAUCCUGGUUCCCUUGGCGGGCCACCGAAGGACUCUACUGCUGUCUGCCUUCGGCCUGCUUUGUGGCUGGAUCUGCCUCAUUGCUUCCAAUAACGUCAUCAUGCUGAUGGUCAGUCGUGUCGUGAGCGGACUCUGGUUAGGCGCCUUGGCCUGCUGCUCCAGCCUUUAUGUGACCGAUGUGGCUCCUCCCAAGAAAAGGGCGUUCUUCGGUGGAUUGAGCGAGGUAGCAAUGAGCGUAGGAGCAAUGACAGCCUGCUUUCUUGACGGCGUCAAGUGGGAGUUCCAGGCUUUCCUUUGCGCAUUGUGGCCGCUGGCUGUGUUAGCCUUUCAGCAAUACGUGAUCGAGAGUCCGCGCUCUUUGAUAGCCAGAGGACGUCGCCAGGAGGCCAACGUCGCGGCUUCUCGGCUCUACGGCAUGGACCUGCCCCCCGAGCUAAGGCAGAAGAAGGAUGGACAGGUGCCCGGUCCAGUUCAUUGGCUGAACAUGAGCCGGAUGGUGUCUGCCUGCCUGCUGCUGUUCUUUCUGCAGAACCUGUCACUCAUCCAGCUGUUCCAGCUCAGGGCCCUGCAAGUCAGCGGCUACCUAAUUGGAAUGUCUUACGGGAACAUGAUGGCAUUGCUCCUGUUCGCCGGUCAAACCGUUCUCGCUGGCCUAUUUGCGGCGCAGACACACCUGAUCGGUCGUCGGUGGCUCCUGGGCGCCUCGGCUGUUCUCGUCACUGUGGCACAUUUUACGUUAACGCCGCUAGAGUACCUGGUGUUAAGCACGUGGACCGUUGAGAAAAGGAGCGAACCGACAAACUGGCGCGGCGUGAUGUCCAUCGUUACCCUGGUGCUCACCUACUCAUUCGGACUGUGCCACUUGCCGCCUCUGCUGACCGGCGAACUGGUGCCGCUCCGAAUACGCUACUUAGGCUCCGCGGUCAUCUGGGCGACGCGCUGGAUCGUCAUGUUCUUGCUGGUGCAUUUUGACGGCAGCCUGCUGGCAGCCAUGCAAACCAGACAGACUUUCCUCGCGUUUUGCCUCGUAUAUGUGCUCACUGCCUGCGUCACGGUUGCCCUAAUUCCCGAGACAGAAGGCCGUUCCCUCGUUGACAUCGCUAAAGACGAGUGA